AUGAGUCAUCAUAGUCCAAAUUUGUCACCUCAAACUAGUCAUGACAAUAUAGAUGUAGAUGCUACAUCUUUGGCAUCAACAGAAACGCAACAGAAUAUUCAACACAGUCAAAUACACCCUAUAGGUCAUCAUGGAAGAGAACAUCUGGAAGAACCACAAACUACCACCACCACACCUCAUCAUACCACAGUAGAUCCUGAUCCUGAUUUGGGUCCCUUGGGAGAACUAGAAAGAGACUUGUCGUCUUUAGAAUCACAACAAGAACAAUAUCUUAGUCAGAAACCUACAUCUACAUCAAUUAAAACCAAUAAAGUCCCAUUAAGACAACGAAGAGGUUUACUUGCACAAAUUGUAUUGAUUCCAGAAUAUGAAGAUGCUAGAGAUUAUCCUAAUAAAAUCAAAUAUUUAAUUGUUUUCAUAAUUGCAUUUGCAUCAUUAGCAGGACCAUUUGGAACAUCAGUAAUGUUACCAGCUAUUGAUGAUAUUGUCACUGAUUUAAAUACUAAUGUAUCUACAGUAAAUGUAUCUGUUGGUAUUUAUUUAUUAUCUUUAGGAAUAUUUCCCCUUUGGUGGUCAUCAUUUAGUGAAAGAUUUGGUAGAAGAAGUGUUUAUAUGGUUUCAUUUACUUUGUUUGUUGCAUUUUCCAUUGGUACAGCAUUAUCACCAAAUAUUGCUAGUUUGAUUAUAUUAAGAGUACUUCAAGGUGGAUCAUCAGCAAGUGUUCAAGCCGUGGGAGCAGGUACAAUUGCUGAUUUAUUUAUUCCACAAGAACGUGGACAAGCUAUGGGAUUAUAUUAUUUGGGUCCAUUAGCAGGUCCAUUUUUGGCACCAAUUUUAGGAGGAGCAGUUUCUCAAGCAUGGGGAUGGAGAGCUACUCAAUGGUUACUUAUGAUAAUUUCUGCUUGUAGUUUUAUUCUCAUAACAUUUUUCUUACCAGAAACUUUACGACGGGUAGAUACUAUACAAAUUGCUAAAGACUUGAUAAAAAGCCAAGACAAUGAAAAACCUCCUAAUGAUGAUGAUGAUGAUGAUGAUGAUAAUAUUAGUGGAGAUGAAGUUUUACCCGGUACUGAAUUACAUCAAGUGGUUUCAAAUUUGAGUAGAAGAUCAUCAAGUGCUCGUUCUAUUGUUACCUAUAUGGAAGAACAAGAGAAUGAAGGACCAAUUGUUGAUCCGGUAAUGCCCAGUAUAUCUCGUUUAACAACAAACAAAUCAGCUUAUUCACAAAGAGUACAUCAAAAUUAUGUAUCUGAUGAAUUACGGAAAACAGCAUCAAAUCUAACUGAAACCAAAACACCACAAGAUAAUAAAUGGUCAUCAGUGAAAACCAAUUGUUAUGAUUUAUUAAUACGUCCAUUACAUUCAAUAAUAUUAUUAAAACAUCCACCAGUCGUUUUAGUGAUUUCAUUUUCCGCCAUAUCAUUUGCGGCAAUUUAUUUUUUCAAUAUGGCGAUUUCUUAUGAAUAUGCUCGAUCCCCAUAUAAUUUUUCAUCUGUGAUUCUUGGAUUAAUGUAUAUACCUAAUUCUGUGACUUAUUUCAUGGCAUCUAUUAUUGGUGGGAAAUGGAAUGAUCGUUUAUUAAAUCGAUAUGCUCAAAAACAUGGAGAAUUACUUCCUGAAAGUAGAUUAUCUUGGAAUAUUGUUGUGGCAAUAAUAUUAUAUCCUAUGGCUUGUUUAAUAUUUGGUUGGACUAUACAUUAUCGAGAAUUUUGGGUGGUACCAUUAAUUGGUACUGCAUUAUUUGGAUUUGCUUCUAUGCUUGUUAUAGGGGCUACAGUAACUUAUUUGGUUGAUUCCUUACCCGGGAAAGGUGCUACUGGAGUAGCAUUAAAUAAUUUAAUUAGACAAAUUUUGGCAGCUAUUGCUACAUUUAUUAUCGAACCUUUAUUGCGGGCAAUUGGUGCUGGUGUUUUAUUUAGUAUUAUUGCUGGGAUAUUAUUGGUGUCUUCUUUAGUAUUGCUAUAUUUGAAGAAACACGGGGCUUAUUAUAGAGAGAAUUAUGAUGUCAUGGAUUUAUAUGCCAAGUUAUAG